GCGAGGACGGCGUCGGGGAGCGUGCGCGCGGUGACGUGCCUGGCGCCAUGUUGGAGAGCUGGUGGUAGUGGCUCGGGCAAGUGCUCGCUCGCUCGCUCCGUCUCGCUCUCUCGCUCGCUUCCCCCGGCUCCCUUCGGUGCCCCCCCCAGUCGCUUGCGUGCCAGAGUGUGUGCGAGGCCGGGGGAGGGCGUCGGGGGGGUGGGGGGAGGCGUUCCGGUCCCCGGGAGACCCGCGGAGGGAGGCGGAGACUGCGAGGACUCCGGGAAGCCAUGGACGUCGAGAGGCUGCAGGAGGCGCUGAAAGACUUUGAGAAGAGGGGGAAAAAGGAAGUCUGUCCCGUCCUGGAUCAGUUUCUUUGUCAUGUAGCCAAGACUGGAGAAACAAUGAUUCAGUGGUCCCAAUUUAAAGGCUAUUUUAUUUUCAAACUGGAGAAAGUGAUGGAUGAUUUCAGAACUUCAGCUCCUGAGCCAAGAGGUCCCCCCAACCCUAAUGUCGAAUAUAUCCCCUUUGAUGAAAUGAAGGAGAGAAUACUGAAAAUUGUCACUGGAUUUAAUGGUAUCCCUUUUACUAUUCAGCGACUAUGUGAACUGCUAACAGAUCCAAGGAGAAACUAUACAGGAACAGACAAAUUUCUCAGAGGAGUAGAAAAGAAUGUGAUGGUGGUUAGCUGUGUUCAUCCAUCCUCAGAGAAAAACAAUUCCAGUAGUUUAAAUCGAAUGAAUGGUGUGAUGUUUCCUGGAAAUUCACCAAGCUAUACUGAAAGGUCUAAUAUAAAUGGGCCUGGAACACCCAGGCCACUUGCUCGACCAAAGGUUUCUUUGUCAGUCCCAAUGGCUACAAAUGGCUUACCUGAGAGCACUGACAGCAAAGAUUCAAGUUUACAAAAAAAUGAGGACAAAAACCACAGUGACUCUCUGACAGCUGAAUCCGAAGGUUCUUCUUCGAGCCCUGUAAAAAACAAGCAUCCAGAUGGAGAUACUAUAGAACCUGAGGGGCACGAGGUAAAAAGACUCAGGUUUGACAAGGAAAGCGAUGUCAGAGAGACAGCCAGUCAAACAGCUUCCAGUGAAGUUUCUUCAGUUACGGUGGAAGAAACAGAAGCAUCAUCUUCGUCUCAGGAUAAAGACAAAGAAAGUAAUUGUCCCAGGCAACACUGUAUGGAAGAAGAUGAAGAAGAGGAUGAAGAGGAAGAAGAAGAGUCUUUUAUGACAUCAAGAGAAAUGAUCCCAGAACGAAAAAAUCAAGAAAAAGAAACUGACGAUGCCUUAACUGUGAAGGAAGAGACUUCCGCGGGAAAUGAUCAAAUGGAGGAGUCUGAUCUGGCUCGACCUGAGAAAGCUUUGCAUUCUGAAGAUAGUGAAAACACAGGCCCUGUAAGUAGUGGUUCUGAUAGUCACGAAACAGAAGACAUAGCAGGAUCCAAUUCCAGUAAAACUGGAGAGGCUCUUCCAGAAUCCUCUAUGGGAAACAAUGAUGAAACCACAGAUGAACCAAUGGAACAAGACUAACUAUUUAAGGACAUUUAGAUGCAGUAUGUUACAUACAGUUUUUGGUUUUACACUGUAUAAAACUUUGAUGUAAUAAAGUGGACCUUUAGUUUUACAAGAGAAGCAGGUUGUAAAAUAAAGUACUUUAUGGGAUAAAUCCUAAGAGUUGUACAUGUCAGAACUGUGACUAUCAGACAUUCUGGGGUCCUGCUUACUGCUGGCCUUUUUGGUGGGGUAGGGUGGGGUAGGGAGGGUCUGGUCAAAUCAGUGGUUUGUGUAUAGAUUUUUAAAUAAAAAAUUAGAAUUAAAGUUUUUAAACUGGAAGGUAAUAAUUAUAAUUUUGAAGAUCAUAUUUAGUUUAUACAUAUGCAAGAAGGCUUUUUUUCUUAAGUCUUUCUGACAUCUUUAGCAGUUUUCAUAUUUUGGUCAUACGUUCAGCAUUUUAACAAGUGAAUUAUAGGGGCUUCAUGUUGGUUUCCAGAUUUUAUUGUUUGACUGUGUACAAUGGAACUUUAAGUCAUAUAUACAUAACAUAUAUAUAUGUAUAAAUAUAUAUAUUAUUCUAAGGGGGAAAAUGUUAUAUUUUUCUGUUUCUAUAAGAGAUGAAUACAGUGGAUACUUUUUCUAUUGGUAAUGAUUGAGUUCACCUCUUUCAGAAGACAAGUUUUUUUUUUUUAAUCUUCUGAGAAUUUAAAUAAAAUCUGGCCCUUGUGAAACCCUUAAGUCUGUUUAAAUACCUGGUCAAACACAUUCCAAGAGAUACACUCAAACUAAUAUUCUUUUGUAUACUUCUGAGGUGCCUGAGAAAAAGACUUCAUUAUUUAUAAGAAAAUGUGCUUUAUCUUGGAAAUUGUGUUCAAAUGUUAGCUUACUGUUUUGUAGAAUGAAUGCAUACAAAGCUGACAUGAAACCAUCUCAGAAGAACUAGGCAGGUUCCUUUACCUUUUGCUUGCUUUUCUGAACAUUGUGAAUAUUAACACAUUUCCUCCUAAAUUAUUCUAAUAGUAUGCAAAUGUCAAUGGUAUGAAACACCGCUGUACUGGAAGAAUUAAUAUAUUCCUUUAGUAAUGUACCAGAGCUAAGUGAUUGAAGCUUUAGGGGUGCAUAGAAACCACCAUAAUUUGUAUGACAUUUUGAAGUGAAUUAAAUAUUUUUGAACAUGCUUCUUUGACAGCCAGUGUUAUAUUUUUCAGAUCAACACAAAGCACAAUGAUUACUCAAAACUCAAUAUUUUCAAAUUCACAUAUUUAAAGUCAUACAAACUACAACUUCCCUGUUCAAAUGACUGGCUGCCAAAUUUAUACCUGUUUCUUCAGCUGUACCUUUUGAUAUUUAGAAUUUUUAAAUUUCUGUAAAGUAGAUUUUGUAGAGUGUAAUGUGUUCACUGCCUUUGUAAAGCGGUAUAUAAUUGUAUAAUUCUGUGUGUAAACUGAAUGCUUGGGCUUUCAAAUACAGUAUUCAUAUAAAGCAAUAAAUAGUAAUGUUAUGAAAUAUUUGAGUACAUUUUUAUCAAAAUAUGAAAUAAUCCCUUUAAAAUUUAUAAAUACUUGACAUACAUUUAUGAACUUAUAAAACUGCAAAAAAUUUAUGAUACUGUAUCAUUUGCUUCGGGGUGAUUUGGGUGGCAACCACAAGUUUUACAUUUUGACUACUUAAAUUACUCUGAGGAAAAAUACCCAAAUGAUCUGGCUCUGUUGAUAUUUAUAGAGUAAUAAAUAUACUACUGACUGACCUGCCUGUCAGGUUCACAGCAGCUGGGCGAUCUAUUUGUGAAUAUGUCUGUUAAUUGAAAUAAAAACUAAAUCUUGACUUACUGUACCCAUGAAGGUGAUUAAAAAAAAAAAUCAAACAUUUUUAAGUGUUUUUCCAAACGAUGUUAAAAUGAAUCAAAAUUUAAAUGUGACAUUUGUAGUGACCUACCACUUUUUUUUUUUUUGGUUGAAUAUUUUGCCAAUGAGAAUAGAAUUUAGACAGUUGAGGUUGAGAAAUUUAGGAUUUUUCCUUUUAGAAUAUUUAUGUAAUUAUUGUCAAUAAACCUACUCAUUGAGGUCCUAUGACCUUUUUUUUUUUUUUUUUUUUUUUUUUUUUUUAGUUGUGCCAUGGACCAUUUGUAAACAGAUUUAUUUUUGUUGGUUAUAAACUGACGAUUUAGCAUCAUGACUUUGUGGUCUGUGGUUUUAUUUGUAAACUUGCAAUUGCUGUUUUUGCAAGGACGAAUGUAUUUCUUUAUUAAAUAAAGUAUAAUAAUGGUGAACAUACCAAAAUGCCAUCCCUUAACUCUAUGAGAGAUCUGCAUUUUAAUCUAUAGUUUGGUAGUUGCGAUAUUUAUUAGAUACUCCUAUGUUGAUCAUAGAUCAGAAUUGUUGCUGUUCAUACAGAUAAUUGUAGAAUGCUCCUGGAAUAUCUUUAGGGUAAGUGGAAUUCUUUUGUUAAACUAGGACACUGUGUUCACCUGCUUUAAAAUACUGAUAUCCAUUUGGAAGAAAAUUUUAACAAAUAUGCAAAGGUGCACAUACUUUGGCAAAGAAAACGUCAACUGUAGUAGAAACUAAUUUGUUUCAUUUUUAAAGACCAGUUAAUUAUAGGCACGUUCCUCUUAACACAUGGGCAAAAGUUAAAAGAUCUAGAUGGAUGGAGACCCAACUUGAUGAAAGGCCCUAUUUUCUCCCUUUUAAGCUUAGUUUUUAAGUUCUUGCCUUCCUUAUUUUAGAGAGGGGCAGUGAGGCAGAGAGAGUAAGAGUCCACAACACUGAAGCUUCCUUCAAUGCAGUGGGGAUUUGGCUCAAUCGGGGUUUUGCACAUGGCAAAGCAUUACUCCAUCCCAUUUUCUGUCUUUAACUUUGAACCUAUUAUGUAAAAAGAAUUUGAAAUGCUAAUGAUAAAAGUGAGAAUAUUUGUAAUAUUCUUAACACUUUUAAAAAGUGGGAGAAAGACUAGUACAAAAUUCUAAGUUCUGGAAAUACAACAGCAGAAAUAAGUAGUAGAAAAUGUCAUUUUAAAUGCUGAUUCUUUUUUAAUCUCUUCAUAGAGUUUAAUUACAUCUUUUAAAGGUGUGGACAGAGCAGAGGAAUUGUCCUACCAGGAGCUUGGAAAGACAUCCCAGAAAUUCUGGGCCAGUAGAUAGGGUCUGUUAAAGCAUGAGGACUUAAGAGUACUUUGCUUGUGUAGAUAGGCAUGUUUUUGUUUUUUUUUCUUUUUUGGUUUCUUUUGCAUUUGUAAAUCAGCACUUUUCAGAUAAUGUAAAUGUAAUGUAAUGUUCUAGUUUACUUAUACAGGUUCUUGGGUAGAAUAAAACUGCUAGUGUUUGAUUAUGAGAAAUGUAAUUUAUGGCAAGGAUAAAAAUGCAACUUGUAUAGAACCAAAGAAAUUAAAUUUGAAUAGUGUUUCCAUAUAUCUUCUGAACAGGAAUUUCUUAAAUAACGUUGACUCAGAUCAAAAUGAAUCACUUUCACUCUUGAGAUUUGUGUUAAUUACACCUUGUAAUUUCAUCUGAAACUAUUUUAAUUAGGCUUACUGGAUUACUGACAAUAAAAAUGCUAGUAUGUAUUGAUUAGAACACAUCUAAUAGUUCACAUUAAUCAGUACACUUCAGAAUUUUAUUUCAACUUGGAUCCUAGAUUACUUUGCCAAAUAAAUGUAUUAUUUUCAUAAUGCAAUAAAAUAUAAAUUAGAAGGAUA